GUCAGGUACCAUUGGUUUCCUCAGCCGUCGCACUGCGCAGGGGCGACCGAAGGUCUGGGGUAUGCAGGACGAGUACAACGAGGAAUGGUCCAGCAAAGAUUACCGCGAUAUCACCACAACGACAUCUGCGCAAGACUCACCUCAGAGGCCCCGCCUCCGCCAUGCCUUCACAAAGGCAUGA